AUGCUGCGGGACCAAAUACGCAUGGCGGACGAAGCAGGCCAGUCGCUGAAAGUGCGGGCGACGCACAAGUUCUUCCACAGCACGACGGCCUUCGCCUGCCCCGGUAACACCACCGACAUCUUCGCGCCCGGCGCCCCCUCUGCCUCCCCGUUCGGCGCCCCCGCGGGCCGGACGGUCGGCGUCCUUCUUGACCGGAUGGACCGAACACUGGCCGUUGACAGGGAGCGUAACCAGGUUACAAUCCAGGCCGGCAUGAAGGUCAAGAAGCUGUUCGACGAGGCGGCGAGGCAGGGGAUGAGCGUCCCGCUGGGCUCGCCGCCUGCGUUUGCGGACCUGAUGGUCGGCGGUGUCAUGCUGACCGGCGCGCACGGCAGCAACUUUGGGGGCAAGAGCUGCCUGAGCGACAUCAUGCUCAGCGUGACCUGGGUCGACGCCAGCGGCGCCGUCGUCCGCUCAACACGCGACAGCCCCGAGGGCCGCGCUAUCGUCGGCUCGCUGGGGCUCUUGGGCGUCGUCACCGAGGUCACGCUGCAGCUCACGCCGGCCAGCAACACGAGGUUUGACACCGUUUGGAAGAAGAGCGACGCCUCGAUCGCGACUGAUAUUUUGGAGAUGCUUCAGGAGACGCCGCACAUGCUGGUGGUGUGGCGGCCGGACAUGAACAGAUACAAUGCAGUGCGGCUGCGUGAGGUGCCGCUCAGCACACCGGACACUGGCGCGACGCAGACCAUCGAGCUGCCGGCGUUUGUAGCCAGCGCGAUGGGCACAACCCUGCGCACAUGGGAGGAGUACGCAUCUCCCCCGCGGGUGCUGGACGAGGUCAUGUGCAUGGUCUCAAAGGAGGUCUCCAUCUCCCACGGCUGGGCCUCCAGCACCGCCGGCCGCGUGCUGCGCAGCGGCGUGGGCGGCACCAACUACCUGCAGUCCGUCAGCUGCGGCGACCAGUGCGCCUGGGAGGCCGAUGAGGCAAACCUGGCCAUGUGGGACACGCACUUCACCACCGACAUCAGGAACCUGGCGCCUUGGAUGGAAGACGUGCGGGCGGUCAUGGAGAAGGACUUUUGGAAGCCGGGGCAGGCCCACCGCGGCAAAUGCCUGCCGCCCGGCUACUUCUGGCUGAGGUUCGGGUCCGGCAGCGACGAUUACAUAAACCCGACGGCGGGGCUGAACGGCACCGUGAACUUGCAGAUGAGCUUCAUGACGUCAAAGGCGACAGCCCCGCGAUGGGGCAUCAAGCACGGCCACGUCCUGGAGACACUGGAGCAGCUGACGCUCUGCAAGUACAUGGGCCACCCCCACUGGGGCAAGAACCACCACCGCACAUUUACGCACCCGGACUGCCCGGUGCGCGCACUGUACCCAAAGUUUGACCAGUUCCUGGAGAUCAAAGAUCGCGUCGACCCGCAGGGGAUCUUUGAGCCCCCUAUGUUCACGAAGAUCAUCAAAGGGGCGGCCCCGCGCUACGGGCCUCGCUGCGCGCUGAGCGGCGAGUGCUUCUGCAAGGAGGACGCCCACUGCGGGCCUGGCCGCAAAUGCGUGGCGUCUGCGGCGUUUCCAGA